AUGUUUGGAUAUCUAUUAGUUGGGUUGGGUAAAUACGAAAAAUCAGAAACAUAUUUUCGAAAUAUUUUACGGUCAAAACCGAAUAAUGAACAAGUCGCAUGUCUAUUUUAUAAUAUGGGCCUUUCAUAUUGUCUCAAACGUGACUAUCAACGUUCAUUUGAUAGUUAUGAAAGAGCUUAUAAUAUGCAUCUAAAUACGCGCCCAAUACGUUUGGUUAGUGCAGCAAAAACAUUAAAUGGUAUGGGUGUUGUUUACAGUGAACAAGAAAAUUAUAUAAAAGCAAUUGAAUAUUUUGAACUAGCAUUAAAAAUCUACAAAAAAUACUUACAACAUAGACAUGCCGAUAUUGGUGGUACAUUGACUAAUUUGGGCAAUGUUUAUCUUGAACAGGGUAAAUAUGAUCGUGCAGCUGAAUAUUUUAAAAAAGCUCAAAAAUUAACGAAUCAUACGUCUCAAUCAUCCAAAUAUGGCAUUGACAUUAAACAAUUUGGGUAUAAUUUAUUUUGGUAA